AACCUGAUAGAAAAGGAGCAUCUGUUCAGCCUGCUAGGGUCACUGCUCUUAAAAGAGUGAAGAGACAGUUGGUUCAAGAAGCUGUUGCCUCUACUUCAACUUCCACGCAAUCUUUAGAACAGGACAUCUCAAGUUUUAAAUCCACAUCUAAAAUGAGCACUUCCAACGAUAAAUACAUGUUAAACUGGGAUAACCAUCUAAAUCAUAUGAGACUGUCAUUUGAUGUUGUAAGAAAAAGCGGCGACUUUGUUGAUGUAACGAUAUGUUGCGAUGGGAAGAAGUUAAAAGCCCAUAAGAUUGUUUUAUCGGCAUUCAGCUCGUAUUUUCACGAUAUUUUGAUUGAUAAUCCAUGUCCUCAUCCGGUUAUAAUCCUCCGAGAUGUUGGUUAUGAGGAGAUGGUGGGAAUUUUGGAGUUUAUGUAUCUUGGAGAGGUUAGAGUUGCAACAGAAAACUUUAGUUCGUUUUUGCGAGUUGCGGAACUUUUAAAAGUAAGUGGAUUAGCUGAUGAUGUUCCCGAAGAGAAGAAAGAUAGUUUAAAUGAACCUCUAUUAACCGAGGAAAAGGUGGAAACACCCAAGCCGGGAAUGAAAAGGAAUCGUGGAUCUAUCGAGAAAGAAAAGAAACAAGGAGUGGAUGUUGAUAAAGAAGAUAAAGGACCGAAUAAGAAGAGAAGAGAUACUUCUAGCCCAUUUCCAUCAGGUCAAGGCGAUUAUGGUAACGAGAAUGUUGCAGAAAAUAUAAAAGAGACUGAGACUACCAAAGGAGAAAUACCUCAUAAUAACUCGAAUGUACAGAAAUUAUUAAGCAGUGAAAAUUAUUUAAUAAAGGAAUUAAAUCCUGAAAACGAAUGUCCUAUAUGCGCCCAAAAGUUUCCCACUAUGUAUUUAUUGAAACAACACAUACCUUUUCAUUUGGGAGAGACAAAAUGUCAAUAUUGCAAUACCGUAGUGAGUAGAAAAGAUCUUUUGAGGAAACACUUGUUGGCUGUACACAAAAUACACACUCCAAGGAAGGAUUAGAAUUAAAUUUUAAUAUUUCGACACCACAUAUUUGUGUAUUUUUUAUGUUGAUUAUACAUUU